CUUCCGGUCUGCGCGAGGCUCUGGCGGAGGGGUCGCCGGCCCGGAGGACUCUGUUGGGUGUCCUGCUCAGGGGAAAAGGUGUCCGAGUCCGGUCCUUGUCGUCUACGUUGCUGCCCCGAGACGGCGCGAGUUCGCGGGCAGUGACCCUGACGUCCGGUCCGAAUUCUCGGCCGCCCCCGAGAGGUGGGGUGAAGCUUCCUGCCUUUCGCCUUUGUUCUGGUGCUGGCUGCAAGAUGAACUGUCGAUCAGAAGUGCUGGAAGUGUCAGUGGAGGGGCGGCAGGUGGAGGAGGCCAUGCUGGCCGUGCUACACACAGUGCUCCUGCACCGCAGCACGGGCAAGUUUCACUACAAGAAGGAGGGCACUUACUCCAUCGGCACCGUGGGCAUCCAGGAUGUUGACUGUGACUUCAUUGACUUCACGUAUGUGCGUGUCUCCUCUGAGGAGCUGGACCGGGCCUUGCGCAAGGUUGUUGGGGAAUUCAAGGAUGCAUUGCGAAAUUCAGGUGGUGAUGGGCUAGGCCAGAUGUCCUUGGAGUUCUAUCAGAAGAAAAAGUCUCGCUGGCCUUUUUCGGAUGAGUGUAUCCCUUGGGAGGUAUGGACGGUCAAGGUGCAUGUGGUAGCCCUGGCCACAGAGCAGGAGCGGCAGAUCUGCCGAGAGAAGGUGGGUGAGAAGCUCUGUGAGAAGAUCAUCAACAUUGUGGAGGUGAUGAGCAGGCACGAGUACCUGCCCAAGAUGCCCACGCAGUCAGAAGUGGACAACGUGUUUGACACAGGCUUGCGUGAUGUGCAGCCCUACCUCUACAAGAUCUCCUUUCAGAUCACUGAUGCCCUGGGCACCUCAGUCACCACCACUAUGCGCAGGCUCAUCAAAGACACCCUUGCUCUGUAGGCCUUGCUGGGGCCUUGGCAACUCCUCGAUGGCUCUGGGAGUCUGAUGCUGAGGUCUUGGGGCUCGAACCUGCUCUGGAUUCUUGGUGAGACUUGAAGAGAAGUUCCAGAUGUCCUUGUUUUGUGGUUACCAGCCUCUGGUGAACCUGUCACCUUUGCAGUGGUUCUGUUCUAGAUGCAACCUUUCCACACCUCUCCUGGUGGGGUCUCUUUCUGCACUGUACAGACCUACCAUGAGGGUUGCAAAUAAAGUUGAGAUGUGA